AACGAGACUGACCUCCCGGCGUUGUUGACAGAGGAGGGAUGUUGCACAUGGUUCAGUUUUCACCGGGACUCUGGUUCGUACUGUACUGAUAAGAUUUUCUCACAGCGGAUAGAUAGAAACAUCUCCGGCUUUAAGUGAUGGACACUGCAUUUUCAUGCUUGUGCUACUACUGAAGCUGUGAUGGGUUUGAUGGAGCUGACCUGUGUUGGAGCUUUAGACCGAUACCAAACAAGAGACCUUGAUACUUUUUAAGAACACAGUUUCUGCCACAACAUGGCUGGGAGUCAGAACAACUAUUGGGGACAGCAUGACCUGAACAGAAUGUGCUUUGGCCUGAGUGCUGACAUCGAACACAACCUGACAGAGCUUCAACAGCAGCAAAUAGCCAAGGAAUUUAACUGCAACAUCUCCACCUCCCAGCCUCCUUUCUACUCUGGUAGUUACCGGAUAACUUCUGACAACAUACAGCAGCCCCAUGAGGGGGACCAGGUGGUCCCUUCUUCCCAGAGACGAACAAUGUUUGUGGGCCACCAGAGAGAAGCCAAACCCCUGCCGCCUCUGCCUGACCCAGAGGAGUUGAUGUCUGAUGAGGCCGCCGACAGUGAGGUGGAGUUUUUUACCAGUGACAGACAGCGGCUUUUGCCCAAAAGCUGCCCCAAGGCCAUAUACAGGGGCAUGAACAGAGACUGUGGCCAAGUAAAUUAUGCCUACCAGGAGAGCUCAUUGCGGGUGGAGGGUGCUGGCGGUGGCUCCAUUGCUUUCUCUUGGCCAGGCAAAAAGGACAGACCAUCAGGUAGAGGAAGCGGGUUUGGAGCCAACAUCUGGGCACUAGCUCUCCAGAAAGAAGACCACCAGCAUGUGGAUUCAGAUACUUUGUGUAGCAAACAGCCAGACCAACACCAGUCAUCCAGAUUCCGGUUUUCCUGUUCAGGUCCUGCUUCCCAGUCUUUCCACAGCAGCACCACAACCUGCCCCACUGACAAGCCACAAAUCCCUCCUCGUGUCCCCAUCCCACCAAAACCUACUGCUCUUUCAAAGAAUGCCAACGAGGAAGAUAAGCCUCCCAAAAUUCCUCCAAGGGUCCCUUUAGUCCCACCCUGCCCGCCACGUACCCCGAGCCCCAAAAGCCUUCCAAUUUAUAUCAACGGUGUGAUGCCUGCCACACAGAGUUUUGCUGCUAACCCCAAAUAUGUGAGUAAGGCAUUACAGAGACAGCAGAGUGAAAGGGCGCCACCUGCAGCUCAAUUUUCUCCCUGCAUCGUUCCCAUUUUGAAGGACGGCAGACAGGCCAGCGCUACACACUACAUCCUCCUGCCGCCGGGCCGACCGGCGUACUCAGACAGACGAGAAAGACUCAUGAGUGAACCGGCCCAGACGGGAAACAACAGCAUCUGGCAGAACAGAUAAAAACUCUUGCUUACGUCACUGUCUGAAACUUGAUGAGUACAAAACUGUGACUGACAUCACGAAUAACCACGUGAUACACUAUUGUACAUAGUGAAAACAUCUACAUGCUACAUUCACACAUUCAUAUUGGUGUUAUUUCAAUAACUGGUGUAUUUCAAGAUCACUUAUGUCACACAACACUGUGAGGUUUCUUUUCUGUUUUUACCUGAACAUUUUACCGGUCAGUAUUUUUGCGACGUCUCCUUUAGAUCAACCUGGAAAACAUCAUAACAUUCCAGUUUCACUAAUAAUGAACAAAUAUUUACUAUUUUCUGCAGUUUUCACACAGGGAAAGUGUGCCUUCAUUCAUUAAAUUUUAAGUCUGACAGCCAUAUGCUCAUAUCACUAAAACAAACUGAGCUAAUACUUUAUUUCUUACAAGAGAGAUAAGCAAAUAAUUACUGUAUGUACAAGCUGGGCUUGUACCAAACUGUUCAUGCCAUGUACGUUAUUUUUUUUAUGACAAUGCUGCUUGAAGUCUUAAGUAUGAUAUAUUGAUAGAUUUAAUGUUUUUGCUGAAUCAUUCCCACAUUAAGAUUUAUGAUAAAUAUAACAGUGAGCCAUGUGGCCGACAGCAACAUGACAACAACACAACCAAAUCAUGAACUACAGUGAUAUCAAACAUUCAGUACUCGUACCCUCUGCAGGCUCUUUGUGCAAGUUCACCUCACCAUCAGAAAGUUAUACCAAUGUACACCCUAUCUGCUCAUUUCAGGCAUAUUGUAUGCCUGUGUGCACAAAAUUUUAUUUAUUAAAAGUCUGCAGAUUAUAAACAAACCACAAACUAGAAUUCAGAACACAAUGAAUGAAACCUGCUGUCACAUUUAAAUUGACAGGUUUUUUUAAUACAUAUGGAAAACACUAGUCAUGAAUGUUUUCUGAUGCAUUUAAAGGUUUUACAUCAGUCAUGUUUGUAUACAAAGGAGAAAAGUGUAUUUUUAAAUGUGGUCAGUUGAAAAACUUUUAAUAAUUAUGACAAAUUCUCUUAACUGUAUGUGUAUUUAGCUUAAUGUAUACAGUAUGGUUUUUAAAAAGUACAGAUUGGACCUUUAAUGAUUCUUUGUUGUGUGUUGUGUUGGCAUGGAAAUCACGUUAUGUUUACACUGUUGAGGUGCAGACCCCGUUUACAACCUUUAUUACAUCAACAGGUUGGAAGUUCUCAUGAAGGUCCUGUGUCGACCCGAGCUAAGGCUGUUCAUAAUAUUGUUUGUGUCAAAAGUAAAUCAUUGUAAAAUUGUGUUUUUAAUCUAUUUAUAGAAAUAAAAUAACUUAUUCCUUCUA